CGAACAUCUUCUGGCAGCCCCAUAAUGACUUCUCCUGGCAAAAGGCAGGCUUGCAUGGAAUGUCGUCGUCGGAAAGUGAAAUGCGACGGUUUCCCAACGUGCAAGAACUGCCAUGCAGCAAAGGCCCCCUGUCGAUACCCGAUCCCACAAAAAAGGGGUCCAAAGCCAGUCAAAUUGCUAGACCAUAGCCCGAGAGAGUCUCUUGAAUCAACUUCCCCAGCCACAGCUUCAUCGGUGGAAUCGGGUGGUGCUGGGCACCUCGUUGCCAGGGGGUCUUCAUACCUGGCUUCCAACAGCCCUUUAGCGAAGAGUGCAAUUGAACUCCUAGGAAGCCAAACCCAAACAGCUUCUCAAGUGCAUCUAGACCUCCUGGCAGGGCUGCUAAGUGAAACUCCGUCCCACACAGCAGCAUCGAUCGCAGAUCACUGCAUUUCACUCUACACCCAGUACGUUUUCGGAGCAGUCCCCAUAUGCCAUGAAGGUCGCCUUCGAGAAACCGCAAAUCGCUUCUUUAACCUGCCCUCGAGCGCGGACGGCCUUGCAGAUCACCACGCGCGGAUCUGGGGCAGUUUUGCUGCCGAUACUGAGCGGGAGCACAUAGAGAUCCUCCGGAGUCUCACUCUUCUCACAGCCCUAUGUGCAGAGGUAGCAUACGUUGUCCCAGAGCAUCUCCUACCCAACAAGCAUCUUAUCGGCCCACUAUUCCUCCGUGCAUCGCGGCAGACACUCAGGAUCUACGAAGACUAUGAUAUUGAGCACCCCAACUACUCAUCGCUCAGCAUCCGCAUGUUACUCUCGUCGGCUAUACAGCAAGCCACUGGGAAGCAGGAGGUGGCCUUUCAUAUUCUGAAUCAGGCGGGACUCAUGGCAAUGCAAAUGCGUCUCUACGACGAAGGUUCACUGGCAGGACUGGAACCUAUUGAGGAAAAUAUCCUCCGAAACGCCUUUUGGCAGCUCUACGUGUGCGACAAAACCGCCUUGGUUAUGAAGACUCGUCCAGUAACAAUUCAUGAACCGCUGUUUGAGCGUGAACUGACCCUCAAGGAUCAUUUUCAAAACCCCGUGCCACUCUUUGACCGCGGACAGGAACAAAUUGACCCUGGACUAGAAUGCCAACUUUUGGAGAGAUUCCACGUCAUACGGCGCCUGUGGGCCUUGGCCGCCAGUGUUAUCCAAGCCAUGGUCUCACAUUCCGGGAGGUCGUCUGACCCAAAUAACCACACGGAAAUAUCUUCCGCAAGCAUGGCGCAGGUAUCUGAAGCGUACUUUGAGCUGAUCAUCUUGACGAACGAGUCCCCAGCCUGGGUGCGAUCACCAGUGAAGUCAUCUUCCGGCGUCCCCCACGGCGCAGAGCAACGCCUUCUCGACAUCUUGCAGCGCCAGCGAACGACCUAUCUUCUCAAUCUUCACAGCAUAAAGGUUUUUGUCCUGAACGCUGCGAUCCAGUAUGGUAUGACAGAGGCUAUCGGCCUCAGCGCGGAUCCCCUGACGAUUGCCACGAGGCAGAUUGAACUAGCCCAAGAUUUUCUAAACGUCCUUGAGAGCGUCUGCUUUCUACAUCUUCAGGUGGAGGGAGAGCACUGCGCUGAGAAGAUCAGACACGUUGGCAGCCUGCUCCUCGAGCUAGCACAUAGUGGCUUGAAUGAAGCAGUCAAGUCACAGGCGAAUCGGUGUGCCAUGCGCUUGAUUGACAUGCUAGUCCGCCUGGAUUCAAGAGCAUCAGACGUGGUGGGACAAUAAUCGGAUGUCAACUGUUCUAAGCAUUCUGCCUCGAAGAUUGCUAGUGCGCAAUGAUUGAGACUCCUCAAUCUCAUGUUUUUUUUUUUUUUUUUUUUUUCUGUCGAAAAGGGGCAUAGGAUCAAUACGGUUUCAUUUACUAGUUUCGGUGGAUGUUCCAAUAUGUCUUCUCACCUGGCCUCGUUCGGGGAUAUUUCAAAAUGACGGCCUAUAUUUUAGCUAUUCCGGCCUUGUCGAGGAUACGGUCGGUGUCUGCUACUAUUUGCAACGCUUCCUCUAUGACCU